GUUUAUAGACUGAUACCAUGCGCAUGUUUUGGACCAUGAGUGACCGAGAUCCAAUCGACAGACAAUAUACUGAUGCAUUGAAAUUGGGUAGCUCGUGGAAGGGCACUCAAAGUUUCCAUCCGAAAGGCUCGAAGUUCAAACCGAACACGGAUUACUACAAGAGAUGGGAUGUCACCAUGGAUAACCUACGCAUAAAAGACGACGUUGACACUUUGUACUGGUGCAAAAUUUUCAGAGCUCCAAAGAUCUUUAAAAAAAACCAUAUUGUAGGGUUUGUGCCUUUACUGAACGACGACACUAAGCGACUUGUUCACCAUAUGCUCCUCUACGAGUGCUACGGCGGCCCGGACAUAAUGGAACAGUAUGUUACAUUAAAGGGCGCCCAGUGUUACGGGCAGGGCAUGCCAGACGACUGGAACAAGUGUGUGUCGCCAGUGGUCACAUGGGCGAUGGGYUCAGAUGGGCAGUUUUUGCCRGAUCACAUUGGCGUACCGAUUGAAGGUCGUGAAGUGUACUACAUGUUGGAAGUGCACUACGACAAUCCCACGCUGAAAAAAGUAAUGGACAACUCGGGCGUUAGGGUGUACUACACUGAGUUUUUGCGGCCCAACGAUGCGGGAAUCAUGGCUGUGGGCAUGGCUGUGUCGCCGAUGCACAUCGUACCGCCCAAGCAGCUUGCUUACAGGACGGCCAGUCUAUGUGACAAGGACUGCACAAACGUCAUAUUCCCGGAAAGAGGCAUCAAAAUUACGUCCGUCCUCUUGCAUGCCCACCUCGCAUCCAGGCAGCUCAAGUUGAGGCACGUUCGGCACGACCAGGAGAUGGCUAUCAUUGCACAGGACGACCGUUACGACUACGAUUACCAACAGGCGAGAGAACUGUCUAAAGAAGUGACUGUGUUUCCAGGUGACGAACUAAUCACAGAGUGCGUGUAUAACACAGUAGAUCGUCCGCAGCUAACGCACGGUGGUUAUUCGGCCAAACAAGAGAUGUGCUUGGCGUUUGUUACGUAYUAUCCGCGCACGCCACUUGCAAGCUGUUUCAGCAUGACGCCGGUACCGUUCUUCUUCGAAACGUUUGGCGUCCAACAAUUCUUGGACUACAACAUGGAGGGUGUGGAGAAAAUCUUCUUGAAACUGACCGAUAGCACGACUAAAAGUAUUACACCUUCUCAGAUAACUACGACCACAACAACAGCGAUGCCGACGUUAAAUAACGCGAAAACGUUGGACGAACUCAAUCAGGCGCAUAUUGCGUAUUUAAUGAAACCGCCAUCGUUCACGAUCGAUGACGUUGACGAACAAAAUCUGUUCAAGGAUUUGGAAAUCAUGGAACCCGUAGAAUUCCAGAACAAAACGUUCCAACAGCAUUUGGAAAACUUACCGUGGGAAGACAGCCUGUUGACAAAAACCAUCGAAAGGCGACUGAUCAAUGGCAAACACAUGACGUUUUGUCGGCUACAUAACGACACGUUGGCCUUGAUGAUGAAUACGUACUUGUUUCCAAACUUCACGGCUUACACUGAACCAAAGACCUCAAAUGUUGAAUGCGUGCCGUUAUCGAACAAAUUCGAAAAUUCUGCCUUGACAGUACAAAGUUCCUACGUAUUGAUUUUAUUAUGUAUCGCACUGAUUUAUGUAUAUUAGGAAUUGAAAAUUAUACCUAUACCUAUAUAAACCUCUCACACACGUGAUCCAGCUCAUAGAUUUAAGUACAUUUUACCAAAGUCACAUUUUUGUUUAUAUUUUGUAAUUUUUUUUUUUUUUAUUAAUAAACGUAUA